CUACGAACGGAUAUCAAUCAAAACAUUUUGUUCUGCACAGUUCAGAUGCGGAGAUAUCAGGUUUCAAAUAGCAAGAGACUUUUCAAGAAAGUGCGUGUGCUCUUUGCCACGUAUGCCGAGUUUUGUUGUAAAGAAACUGCAUGUUGAAUACAAUUUAACAUUAGACAUCCGGUUGAAGAAGAAACACAAAAAGAGACAAAAUGAACUUUUUAGUCUGCUUUUGUAUAAUCGGACUUUUGUCUUCUGUUGUGAUUAAAUGUUCUGAUGUUGAGUUACUGGCAGUCACAAUAGCUACAGAUGAAACUGAUGGCUUUAGGAGAUAUGCUGAAUCAGCAGAUAGAUAUGGAAUUAAACAUAAGACCUUUGGAAUGGGACAGGAGUGGAGAGGAGGAGAUAUUGCCAGAUUUUCUGGAGGAGGACACAAAGUAAACAUACUGAAAGAGAACCUGUCACAGUAUGCAGGAAGAACAGACCUAAUUAUAAUGUUCACAGACAGCUAUGAUGUGGUAUUCACUGCAGGACCAGAAGAAAUACUGGAAAAAUUUAAGAAGUUUGAUUGCAAUGUGAUAUUUUCAGCUGAAGGAUUUUGCUGGCCAGACGCAAGCUUAAAAGAACAAUAUCCAGAAGUUAAACCUCACGAAUGUAGAUUCUUAAACAGUGGAGGUUUCAUGGGAUAUGCUAAAGACAUUGUUGAAAUAAUAAAUUAUAAAACUAUAAAUGACAUGGAUGACGAUCAGUUGUAUUAUACCAAGAUGUUCCUCGAUAAAACCACCAGAGACAAAUGGAGGAUGAAGUUGGACACAAAAUCUGAAAUUUUCCAGAAUCUGAAUGGUGCUUUGAGUGAUACCACUUUGAAGUCGAAAGGGGACCAUAGCUAUUUGUACAACAUGAAAACAGGAACAUCACCCCUUAUCAUACAUGGGAAUGGUCCAAUCAAGUUACCCUCAUUUAUGUCGGAGUUUAAUCGUCUAGCCAAUUAUCUAGCUGAUGGUUGGACUACCAGUGGUGGCUGUUUGUCAUGCAAAAGAAAUACAAUUAGUUUGGAAGGAUUAAAGGAAGAUGAAUACCCUGAUGUUCAGUUGUCAAUCUUUAUUGAUCAACCAACUCCAUUCUUACCUGAGGCAUUGGAGGAUGUCGUAAACCAGGAUUAUCCAAAGAAGAGAAUCAAUCUGUUCCUUCAGAAUCAGGCUGAGUACCACAAAAAAGAUGUUGCAACUUUCUUAGAAACCAAUGGCGAUAAGUAUAAAUCUGUGACGGUAGUUAAUCCUGAAGAUAACAUGAAUACUGUUGCUGGAAGGAACUGGGCUCUGGAGAUGUGUUUGAAGACAAAAUGUCAGUAUUUCUUUUCUGUCGAUGGUCAUGCUCAUAUUACAGAACCUAGUUUGUUAAAGAAUCUGAUAGAACAAAAUAGAACUGUGAUUGCACCAAUGGUGUGCAGACCACAACAGUAUUGGUCUAAUUUCUGGGGAUCUGUUAGUGAUAUUGGUUAUUAUGCAAGAUCAGCUGAUUACAUGGAUAUAGUUGCAUAUAAAAAAGAGGGCUUGUGGAAUGUUCCAUAUAUGAACAGUGUUUAUUUGGUCCAUGGAUCUCUGAUGGGAAAACUAAAAGAUUCCUUUACCAGACAAACUGUUAGAGACGCAGACAUGCAUUUUGCUGAAAAUCUAAGGGAAAAGGGUAUUUUUAUGUAUGUUACAAAUGUGAAGUAUUUUGGACACCUGGUGAACUUUGAUGAUUACCCGACAACACAUUUACACAACGAUAUGUAUGAGAUUUUACGCAAUCCUUAUGACUGGGAAAGAAAAUAUAUACAUGCAAAUUAUUCCUCCAGUUUAGAAGAGAAUGCUGAUAUUGCACAGCCAUGUCCAGAUGUUUUCUGGUUCCCAAUUGUUACAGAAACUUUCUGUGAUCAUUUAGUCGAGGAGAUGGAACAUUUUGGUCAAUGGUCUGGUGGUAAAAAUGAGGAUGCUCGACUUGCAGGUGGCUAUGAGAAUGUACCAACAGUUGACAUACACAUGAACCAGAUUGGAAAUGAAGACAAUUGGUUACAUUUCUUACGGAAAUAUGUAUUGCCAUUGCAGCAGAAAGUGUUUUUAGGAUAUUUCCAUGAUCCACCACACGCCAUUAUGAACUUUGUUGUACGAUACAGGCCAGAUGAACAGCCAUUGUUACGACCACAUCAUGACUCAUCAACAUUUACAAUAAAUAUUGGAUUAAAUAAUCCUGGCAUAGAUUAUACAGGUGGUGGAUGUAGAUUUAUCAGGUACAACUGCAGUGUAACUGGUACAAGAAAAGGAUGGAUGCUGAUGCACCCUGGGAGAUUAACCCAUUAUCACGAGGGUUUGAAAACUUUAUCUGGAACCAGAUAUAUAAUGAUCUCCUUUGUAGAUCCAUAAAUGUUUGACAAUGGUGAAGAUUUUGGUGCUUUUUUUUUUUAUAACAUUUUCUGUUUAUUGUUUGUCGUAUACAUGCAGUAUGUAAUAAGAUUUUGAAUGUGCCAUUUUAAUUUUUCUGUGCUUGAAAACUGUUAAUGUGGAAAUUUUCUGUGCGGGGGAUUAUUUUCUCAAUUUUUGCCAAAGAAGUGAAAAUAUAACCUCAGGAAAUGCUUUGUGAAAGCAGAAAUAUUGAUAUGUAGUACAAAUUCAUCCUUGAUGCGUGAGGGAGUCUGUAAUGUAAUUGGUAAAAGUUGUACCUCUUAAUGUUUUGGCAAUAAUAAAGAAUGAUAAUCAUUCUUGGCAAUUAUAACAAGGGAGUUCUUCACUGAAAAAUCUUAAGAACUGAAAUGAUAUCAAUGUUAGAAAUGUGGCGCCUUGACCAUAGCUAAGUAUAAAACUAAUAACUCUCUGUAUGUCUUUGUCCUUUGCAGAUAACCUGCAGACUCCACAAAUAACGUGCCUUUGGUUUUUUUUUUUCUUAAGGAAGUUUUGCCUUUGCUCUCUGAAAUGUUUUAAGAAUGGGUUUGACAAUUUCAUAAUUUUCAGAUAAUAUUUAUAUACUGAACAUAAUGGUACAUUUUGACCUCUAACUAUAGUAUUAAACAUCUGUUCUGAAAAAAGCCUGGUUGUACAAAGUUCAAAAAUUGGAUUAAUUAGGGUUAAAUUGAGGGCAAACAAGUGUAAAUAAAUGUUUUUGCCAAGAGAUAAUUAUUUUUAUAUAUAAAAAAAAACCAACCUUUUGAAUGCAUCUGUUAUCUUGUUUUUGAUUCCAAAUGGUUUUUUUUUUAGGACAUGAUUGUAUAAUUUUGUCUGGUUCUAUUUUUAACUUCAUGCAUGUUUUAUUUUGAAAGCAAUGUGAUGCACAACCAUGUUCCUCAUAUAGAAAGUCCCUGUGCAGGCUGGUGAAUACAUUUACAUCACGAUUUUCGGCCACUGUUGGAAAUAAAACUGUCAAUUUUUAUUCUGUCACAAUUGAUAAUAUUUCAAGUCACAAAUAAAAAUAAAUAGCUUUCAAACUAGCUCAACCAGUGCAAACUUAAGGUCUGUUGUGAUAAAUUAAUGAAAUGUGAUAUUUAAUGUGUUAAGAUUAGAUUUCAUUUGUUGAAAUUUUUAUUACAAAAGAUGAAGCUUGAAAUGUUAAUUUUUACUCAAUUAUGUAUUUUAGAUAAAUGAUUAUAUAUGUGAUUAUUUGUGGGAGUUUUUACAUGAUAAACGGUUCACAUGAAAUUGUUUAUGUCUUUCAUAUUGUUUUUGUUAUGUAGUAUAAUGUAUGUAGGUUGAUGAACUGUUUGUCAAGAUAAUAUGCAUAUUUUCCAGGGGUAGAUAAUAAGGGAGAAGGAAUUUACUGUAGGUUUGAUUUUGAAUAUUUUUACUUGUAUUUUAGUUCAUUUUUGAUUUGUAUUUGGCAGGUAUGAUAUUGAAUAUUAUUUUAACCAAUCAAGUUUUCAGUAUAAAACAUAUGUCUUAUUGUCAUUUUGACAAAACAAUGUUUUGCAUGUUAAACUUUUUUGAUAUCUAUCCUGUACCCAAACAAGAAUGGCCAAUUGACAGUUAAGGAACAUUUUGUUUUAAUGCCCAGACACAUUGUAUGGUAGCAUAAAUCUUUUGACCCCUAUCAGACCAUGUAUUCCAAAAUAUCCUUUCACUUAAAAAAAUAACAUGAUCUUGAGAAUUCCACAAAACUAUUGUAGAUAUCUGUAUAUAACAAGUUUAUAUUAAGUUGAUAGUGUAUAUUUGGAUAUAUUUUGUAUUGAAGUAAUCAGGUUACUGUAUUAAUACCAUAGUUUGAAACCUAUACUGUAUACUUAUAAAGGACACUUAUGAGAUUCUGGAUGGGGUUUACACAAUAGAGAAUAAUGCAAAAAAAUGGAGCAUAUUAUAAAGAAUAGAGAAAAAUGGCCUGAAAAUUUUAGAAUACAGAAAUAAAGACCCCCCAUCCAGUCCCUAACUCACGAUUUACUGUAUCACAUGUAACUUCAGUAAUCAGUCAUGUUUAGAAUAUAUUUUCAAAUUAAUAAGUUUGUUUCAAAUUUUAUAUUUUUUAAUCAAGGGAGAAAACUCCUAGGUAGGACAAACUUAAGUCCCUUCUUAUACAAAGCAAAGACAGGAGCAUUGUGUAUUGCUUUGGUUAUGACAAUCAUUUUGACUUCAUAAGUGCCCUAUACAUUUAUGGUAAAAAGGCAAAUUGUAAGUUAUGGUAUGGAAAUUCUUAAUAUCUAAUAGUAAAAUAGACAUGCUCUUUCCAUACGGACUUUUACAGAAUUAAUUGAAAUGGGUGGGGUAGGGGUUUGGGCUCUUUGAUAAAAAGAUCUAAAAUAUAAGUACAUUGAGAAGAAAAAGACUAUAAAAAUUAUAUUCCAUUAUAUUCCAUGCUUGUUCAGUGUAUUAAAUGUGGCUAUUAAGUGAAUGUACUUUUAUAAUAUAUCGCAAUUAAAUGGAGUAAAAUUUGCAAUUUCUAGUCAUACAUAUUUGAAUUAAUGAAUUGUUAGUAUUGUAUUUUAUAGAUUUAUUUAAUCACAAAAUUAAAUAUUAAUUUUCAUUUUAUGUUAAAAAGAUGAGCUUAAAAUGAGCCAUUGAUGAAGUAUUUUGAUGCGACUGUUAUUGGGGUCUUAAAUCUGAUUAUUUGAGUACUGACCAAAAAUUUCAAUGAUAAUGUGUGGGGUUACAAGAGCAGAAAUUGUAUAUUUAUUUUGUAAUUACUGAUCAAAAUAUUUUUGUGAAUAUGUGAUUGAACAGAUUUUUUUCAAGAAGGUCCUCAAAACAGUAUUUUCUUAUGUUAUUAAAUAUUGUGUAUUACUUUUACUUUCUAAAUAAUUUUUUAAGAAUUCUGAAAUCCAAUCUACUUUGAUACAUAGUUUUAAAUGUUGUAAAUUGAGAUUUUAAGGUGUUUGCUGCUGAAGUCAGAAUAAUAUUAUUUUUUUUUUUUUUUAUAUAAAAGUGAUAUUUUUCAACAAGCAUUUGAAAAAUAGAUUUUUUUUAUUUAUAAUUAAUUGGGGUGAUGAGGAAAAUAGUUAUCGAUAUUUUUUUUAACAUUUUUACAAUCAAAUAGCACAAAAAUUUCUAAAAUUACAGUAUUCAGUGCUCACUUUGAAUGGUUCUGAAAGACAUAUUCAUUUUUAGAAAUGCAAUUAAAUGAGUAGGUUUUUGUAUGCCAAAUGUCGGAAGUUGAAGAAGGUUCCACAUCUUGGCAUCUUGUUCAUCUGUUAUUAACAGAGGACUAUUUGUUAACAUUGUACAUUUGUUCAUGUAAUAUAAAAGUUGAUUAGGGAAAAUAAGAUUAUUAUAUUUGUUAAGGAUCUACAUGUAUGAAUCUCAUUGUUUCAUAAUACAAGGUUGAUCUUUGACAAUUUUACAAUAAAAGCUGCCUGGAGACGAA